AUGCCUGUAGAUGAUGCGCCAGACGAUGAAGGUGAUGCAGCGCCAAGGCAAAGCUAUAAUUUUGCUCCUGGCUACCACGGCGUCGUUUACCGCGCCGAUGUGCCAGACUGGGGUGCCGGUCCUCAAAGGCAGCAUACUAAUUCCUCUGGCGAGGCCGUAAAAGAGUCGCAUGCCGGAGGUGGGGGUAAUGAUCCUGCAUCAAAGUCCAAGUCUGUUAGUUACAAGCUGCAGAGCAUGAAAUGGGGGUUGAUACCUUUCUGGACUAAGCGUAAUCCUGAUUACGGUUCUAUGAUGAAGACAAUCAACUGCCGAGAUGAUUCUCUCGCCCAGAGUGGUGGUAUGUGGAGUACGAUGAAGGCUCGAAAGCGAUGUAUCGUUGUUGCGGAAGGCUUCUACGAAUGGCUGAAGAAGGAUGGGAGUAAAGAUAAGAUCCCGCAUUUUGUUAAGCGGAAGGACGGCAAACUAAUGUGUUUCGCUGGAUUAUGGGAUGUGGUGCAAUACGAAAAUAGCAAGCAGAAGCUUUACACCUAUACAAUCAUCACCACAGAUUCAAACAAGCAACUCAACUUUCUUCAUGAUCGCAUGCCCGUUAUUCUAGAUAACGGGUCUGAAGAUAUCCGAACCUGGUUAGACCCUAAGCGUUCCGAGUGGUCGAAAGAGCUGCAGGCUCUGUUGAAACCUUUUGAGGGAGAGUUAGAAGUCUAUCCCGUUAGCAAAGACGUGGGCAAAGUUGGGAACAACUCGCCUAACUUUGUCGUCCCCAUCGACAGCAAGGAGAAUAAGUCUAAUAUCGCAAAUUUCUUUGCCAAGGGCACCGCGAAGAAGAAUGCAACGGAACAGCAACCGCAAGUCAAAGUCAAGAAGGAAGAGGGAUUCGUCACCGAAGAUCUGACAAAAACAAAAGAAGAAAGUAAACCAGCAACUGGCCUUAAAAGAGAAGCUGAAGAUAAGUUAGUCGGCAGUGAGCCUCCGAAGAAAGUGGCUACGAUCACGUCGCCGCAAAAGGGUGCGAAACAAAAGAUUAGCGCCACCAGUAAUAGAACUAAGAGCCCGAAUAAAGCGAACCAACCUGGUACGCAAAAGAUAACGAAAUUCUUCGCAAAUAGCUCUUGA